CCUCCCUGCCUGGCUGGCCAGAUUCUGGGUUUCUGCCGAGGCCCCGUGAGAAGCUGGAACAGUUGGGGUCCAGCCGGGAUUGCCAAAGUGGACACUGAGUGACUGUGUGCUCCCGGGUCAUCGCCAACGUACCUUCCCCGCAGGAGAUAAGCUGAGUCUGCAAGAUUGAGAGGAGUUGGGGGUGAUUAGAAAUUGUUAAGAGGUUUAUUGAAGUCAAAAUGUCUCAAAAAAUCCAAGGCGGGUCUGUGGUAGAGAUGCAAGGAGAUGAAAUGACACGAAUCAUUUGGGAGUUGAUUAAAGAGAAACUCAUUUUUCCCUACGUGGAACUGGACCUGCACAGCUACGAUUUAGGCAUAGAGAAUCGCGAUGCCACCAAUGACCAGGUCACCAAGGACGCUGCAGAAGCUAUAAAGAAGUACAAUGUUGGUGUCAAGUGUGCUACCAUCACCCCCGAUGAGAAGAGAGUGGAGGAGUUCAAGUUGAAACAAAUGUGGAAAUCUCCAAAUGGCACCAUCCGAAAUAUCCUGGGUGGCACUGUCUUCAGGGAAGCUAUCAUCUGCAAAAAUAUACCCCGGCUUGUGAGCGGAUGGGUAAAACCCAUCAUCAUAGGUCGUCAUGCUUAUGGGGAUCAAUAUAGAGCAACUGAUUUUGUUGUGCCGGGGCCCGGAAAAGUAGAGAUAUCCUACACACCAAGCGAUGGAUCCCCCAAAACGGUAUACCUAGUACAUAACUUCACAGGUAUGUUUGUAUUUUCCAUUAACCAGUUUUCCUUGUCUAUUAUUCUCUUCUCUUUCUCAUUUCUCAGGCAGUACAAAUCUCAGUUUGAAGCUCAGAAUAUCUGGUAUGAGCACAGGCUCAUUGAUGACAUGGUGGCCCAAGCUAUGAAAUCGGAGGGGGGCUUCAUUUGGGCCUGUAAGAACUAUGAUGGGGACGUGCAGUCGGACUCCGUGGCCCAAGGUUACGGCUCUCUUGGCAUGAUGACCAGUGUGCUGGUUUGUCCAGAUGGCAAGACAGUAGAAGCAGAGGCUGCCCACGGCACCGUAACCCGUCACUACCGAAUGUACCAGAAAGGACAGGAGACAUCCACCAAUCCCAUUGCUUCCAUUUUUGCCUGGACCAGAGGCUUAGCCCACAGAGCUAAGCUUGAUAACAAUAAAGAGCUCGGCUUUUUUGCAAAGGCUUUGGAAGAAGUNAAACUUUAA